UGUUGAGAUUCUCAGGUUACAUUUCCUCGAGGCUUUUAUUAGCUGAUUUCACCUCAUAUCUUCUCUCCUUUUCUCUCUGCGCCGGUCACACGCCACCGACAUGAAGCUCUCAGCAGCCAUUCUCGCAGUAUUUGCAUCGAUAGCUGUCACCAUUGACGCCACCGUCUACUUCAAGGAACAGUUUCUGGAUGGAGAUGGAUGGAAGAGCCGCUGGACUGAGUCCAAGCACAAGUCCGACUAUGGCCAGUGGAAACUGAGUGCUGGAAAGUUCUUUGGGGAUGCAGAGGCCGAUAAAGGUAUCCAGACCAGCCAGGAUGCCCGCUUUUACGCCCUGUCAGCCCGCUUUGAACCCUUUAGCAACGAGGGAAAGACCCUGGUCAUCCAGUUCACUAUCAAGCACGAGCAGAAGAUUGACUGUGGAGGCGGCUAUGUCAAGAUCUUCCCCUCUGACCUGGACCAGACUAACAUGCAUGGAGACUCACAGUAUUACAUCAUGUUUGGGCCUGACAUCUGUGGAUACAGCACAAAGAAGGUUCAUGUGAUCUUCAACUACAAGGGCCAGAACCACCUCAUCAAGAAAGACAUCAAAUGCAAGGAUGACGAGCUGACUCACCUGUACACACUGAUCCUGAAUCCAGACCAGACAUACGAGGUGAGGAUCAACAAUGAGAAGGUGGAGUCAGGCUCCCUAGAGGACGACUGGGACAUGCUGCCCUCCAAAAAGAUCAAGGACCCAGAGGCCAAGAAACCAAGUGACUGGGACGACAGGGCCAAAAUCGACGACCCCAAUGACACCAAGCCUGGGGACUGGGACAAACCAGAGACCAUCCCUGACCCUGAUGCCAAGAAGCCUGAUGACUGGGACGAGGACAUGGACGGAGAGUGGGAACCUCCCAUGAUCACCAACCCAGAAUACAAGGGUGAGUGGAAACCCAAGCAGAUCGACAACCCUGACUACAAAGGAGCCUGGGUCCACCCUGAGAUAGACAACCCAGAGUACACUCAUGACGCCAUGAUGUACAAGUUUGAUAACAUUGGAGUACUGGGCUUGGAUCUGUGGCAGGUCAAAUCUGGCACCAUCUUUGACAACUUCCUGAUCUCUGAUGAUGUCAAAGAAGCAGAGGAGUUUGGGAAGGAAACCUGGGGAGCCACUAAGGGACCGGAGAAGAAAAUGAAAGAGGAGCAGGAGGACAUGGAGAGGAAACUGAGGGAAGAAGAGGAGAAGAGCAAGAAGAAGGACUCUGAAGGUGAUGAGGAGGAGGACGAGGAGGAUGAGGAAGAUGGCGAGGAGGAGGACGAGGAGGCAGAGGGUGAACAUGACGAGGAGGAGACAGAUGAGGACAUCGGGACAGAAGAGGAUGAUGAUGAGGUCAAACAGAAGGACGAGUUGUAGAGGAAAGGAGCUGGUUGGCGGACUGCUGUGUGCGUCUCUCUGCAGGUUCAAACUAACAACAGAAAAUGAGCGAAAGCCCUGUGAACUCUGGCCUUUCAUACAGCAGCCUUUUAUUCAGGUGUAGGGGUGGGGGAGGGGUGGAAGGUGGGGUCAGGUCAGAUUUAUUUUUUUUUGGUUUUUUUAGCCUUCAAAUUGGAGAAGGGUUUACUUGUUCCUUCUUUCUGCGUGUCUGCUUUGGUUGAGAAUGUUUUAAUUUAAUGUGGUUUACUGAGCAGUCCCAUGGUGUGAGUGCAUUCUGCAGUUAUUCACAGAGCCAAGUCUUUUUUUUUUUAUUGCCUUUGUUGGGAUGUCCAGUUAAAUCAAGGGUCUGUGAUGUCUGGUUCAUGCACUUUUAUUUCUCCUAUGUGAUGUAGUACUGUUUUAUUUUUAAUUGACCCCGUUCUUAAUUUAUUCAAUCAUUACUUUGAUUCCCUGUCAAUGACCUGUGAGUUCCCAAAGCUGUGAUUUUGGGCAUACGUCCUUCCCCCAACUGUGUGAGUGUGAGAGAGAGUGUGUGAGAGAGUGAUACUGCAUUAGACAAACUGUGAUUUUUGCAAUCGCCAUUUUCUCAUAGUUCUGUAUGAAUGACUGUCCUGUGGGUACACACUGUUCAGUUUCAGUGAAUAAAUUGAAGCGUCUCUCUACAA